AGCUGGUUGAAUAAGAUUCCUAAAUCAAAAUCCGCAUUUAUUUAAGUUACUUUGUGAUAAAAGGAGUAAAUAAAUUAACAGUGGAAAUUGUUAUGCGCAAUGUCGGACGGAACUAAAGAAUAUGCCACAUUAAACCGUCUGAAACCCGCUACCAGUUUUGUAUCAACGAGUCUUUCCGAACCUGUGCUUCUAAGCAUUGGCAAGCAGGGCCUUACAGCGGCAGCACCGCAGACCAUACCACAACUGUUUCGUGAUUGUUGUCGGCGUUUUCCACACUCGCCAGCUUUGGCUUAUGAGCGGUAUGACAGUAAAAACGGAGCUAAUACCAACAUCCCUUGGGCGACCACAACAUAUGCCGAGUACGAGCGAAAUGUCGAGAAAGCUGCACUUGCGCUCCUGCACAUCGGGCUCACCGAGAACAGUAACGUCUGUGUGCUGGCCCACAAUUGCCCCGAGUGGUAUUACGUGCAGUUCGGCGCGCUACUGGUCGGUGCCGUGGUCUCGGGCAUCUAUUUGACCAGCUCGCCAGAGGCAGUCAAGCAUGCGUUAGAGGCCUCGGCUGCCACGGUGUGUGUGGUUGGCGAUGCGACGCAGCUGGCGAAGGUGUGUGCCGUAAGGACGGAGUUGCCGCUACUGCGUGCAGUUAUAUUGUUGGAAGAGAGCUUCGAGGAUAAUUUGAGAGCAGACGGUGGCUAUUACCUGUGGACGGAUUUGAUGGCAUUGACAUUUGAUCCCCAACUGCGGCAGGAAUUGCUGCUUAAAGAGAAACAGAUCGCGGCUAAUCAAUGCGCGUUACUAAUUUUUACGUCCGGCACAACGGGACUUCCGAAAGUAGUAAUGCUCUCCCACGACGCCAUCGUCUCAAAUAUUAAAUUUUGUUAUGCAACUGUGGGACCUUUUAGGAAGGAGCCAGGUGUAACAAUGUCGUAUUUGCCGCUAAAUCAUGUCGCCGCACAACUAUUCGAAGUUUUGAUGCCUUUGCUAUGCGGAGAUUGUGUCUAUUUCGCGGAUCGAGAUGCGCUCAAGGGGAAAUUGAUAAAGAACUUACAAAUUGCGCAGCCAACGCGUUUAUUUGGCGUACCACGUGUCUACGAGAAAAUACAAGAAGAACUGCUGGUAGCCGAAGCGAGCUCCUCGUACUUGUGGCGCUUGCUCUCGAGUUGGGCCAAGCGAGUCUUAUUGAAGAGCUAUUUCUGCAAUGCCGACGGCCUUGAACCAAAGAGAACCCUCAGUUACAUAUGCGCUUCAUUGAUCGUGCGUAAGUUUAAAGCUCAAGUCGGUCUCGGCCAGUGCGCUUACCUUUGGGCUGGCGGUGCUCCAUUAUCGGCGCAAGCGAAGAAGUACUUCCUCAGCAUGGACAUACCGGUCGCUGAUAUGUUCGGUUCUUCGGAGGCAGGUGGUGCUAUGACAUUAACACGCAGCUAUUGUCAUUUGGACAGUAGUGGCAGAGUAAUGUUAGGAAUUGAAGCUAAGAUCGAUAAGCCGAAUGAGCACGGGCAGGGGGAGAUUUGCCUACGCGGUCGAUGCGUAAUGAUGGGUUAUCUUAACAACGUGGAAAAGACCCACGAAUGUAUUGACUCAGAUGGUUGGAUGCACAGUGGGGAUGUGGGCCGCUUGAGUACCGAUGGUUGCCUACAUAUUACGGGACGCAUAAAGGAUAUUGUGAUUACCGCAGGCGGGGAGAAUAUACCACCUCUUUAUAUUGAGAACCUCAUCAAAGCCGAACUACCAUGUGUCAGCAAUGCUCUGGUGGUGGGCGAUAAGCGAAAAUUCUUGGUGGUACUACUAACACUGAAAACGGACAUUGACAACGCCACUGGCUUACCGCAUGACACUCUGCAUUUGGAUACUGUCUCUUGGUUGAAGUCGCUUGACAUUCACUAUACGCGCUUGUCGGAAGUUCUGAAUAUACCAGCGUUUACACCGAGCAUUGACUAUAAAGGAUCAGUUAUUAAGCCGGACCAAAAGGUUGUUGCGGCUGUAGAAGCAGGUUUGACUCGUGCCAAUAGAAAUGCUUUAUCACGUGCUCAAAGGGUUCAGAAAUUCGCAUUAUUGCCUCAUGACUUCACAGUGCCAACAGGCGAGUUGGGUCCCACUUUGAAGUCGCGACGUGCUUUCAUUUGCGAGAAAUAUGCGGAUAUAAUAGAAGAAUUGUAUAAGGAAGGCAGUAGAUUGUUAAGUUAAUAAAAAAUGUUUUAUGAGUAUGAUAUUAUAAGGCGAAUUUGUAAA